AUGGUCUCACUCCGCAACGCCUUCGCGGCCCUGCUCGCGACGACUGCCGCCGUACACGCUCUCCCCUCAGACACCUCAUCAACAGUUUCCGACGCCGUAAACACAACCUCCAACGCCGCCGAGUCCUCAUCCAACUCAACAACAGCUUGCAACAACUCUCCAGAGCUCUGCAGUCGCAAGUACAACAACAUCACCCACAUGGGCGCUCACGACAGCGCUUUCCUUCGCGACGCAAGCACCUCGAACUCCAUCGCCGGAAACCAGUACUACAACGCUACCGUUGCCCUCAACUCCGGCCUCCGUCUCCUCCAGGCCCAGGUCCACACCGUCAACAGCACGUCCGGCGGCACCACCCUCCAGCUCUGCCAUACCACCUGUUCCCUCCUCGAUGCCGGCACUCUUGAGAACUGGCUCUCCUCCAUCAAGGCCUGGAUGGAUGUUCACACCAACGAUGUCGUCACCAUCCUCCUGGUUAACUCGGACAACCAGGCCGCCUCCGUCUUCGGCAAGGUCUUCGAGUCGUCCGGCAUCUCAAAGUACGGCUACAAGCCCUCGACCGCAUCCGCGACCUCGAACUGGCCUACUCUCCAGAGCAUGAUUUCGGCCGACACUCGCCUGGUCACUUUCGUCGCCUCCAUCACCGCCGACUCGACCUACCCCUACCUCCUCCCCGAGUUCUCCUACGUCUUCGAGACGCACUAUGAGGUCACUUCCGCCUCGGGCUUCAACUGCACCAUCGACCGCCCCUCCAACUACGCCUCCGCCUCCGCGGCCGUCUCUGCCAACAUGCUUCCCCUCAUGAACCACUUCCAGUACCAGACUCUCGCCGCCGACAUCCUCAUCCCGGACGUCAGCGACAUCGAAACCACCAACUCUGCCAGCACCUCCACCGCCGGCAACCUUGGUCUGCACGCCCAGACGUGUACAACACAGUGGGGCAAGAAGCCUACCUUCGUCCUCGUCGACUUCUUCGACAAGGGCCCGGCCAUCGAUGCCGCCGACAACCUCAACGGCCUGUCGUCCUCCGAGAUCACUGGGCGCAGCAGCAGCAACAGCGCCACGGCGAGCAGCAGCGCCAACCUCGGCGGUCGGGCGCCCGGUAUGGAGACCGGCGCGCUUGUCGCGUUCCUCGCCGCUGCCGUCUUCCUGUUCUAA